AUCGCGCCGGACCAAACCGAGCCGAGUCGAGCCAAGCUAAGCUAGAUUGAGCUACACCGAGCCUAGCCGAACCAUGGACCCCCAGGACUGCACGUGUGCCGCCGGUGACUCCUGCUCCUGCGCCGGGUCCUGCAAGUGCAAGAACUGCCGCUGCCGGAGCUGCCGCAAGAGCUGCUGCUCCUGCUGCCCCGCGAGCUGCAGCAACUGUGCCAAGGGCUGCGUGUGCAAGGAGCCGACCAGCAGCAAGUGCAGCUGCUGCCACUGAGCCACUCGCCUCUGCCUGUAAAUAGUCGGCACGCUUCGGGGACGGGG